AUGUCAUUCUCAAUCUUGGAGGACGUUCGAGCUACCCAUCAGGACCUAGACCGACUGACGAGCUAUCUGACUACGGUUCUCCUCCCAGGCCCACCACGAUCGCAUCGUGACAAGCUGGUACAAGCUCAUCGAGCGAAAUACCUUUCAGACCUGAUCACCCUUCGAGCGGGAAACUUACUCGAAUCCUAUACCGAUAGAGACCAUGAGCGGGCGGCUGAGAUAGAGAAACUAUCGGACACGACUAGAGGCGAAUUGGCUGAGUUUUACGGCCGACUGGGACGACUCAAUGAUUUCCAUCGGAAAUAUCCUCAUCAUGCUAACUUGGAUCUUUCGGCCCCUUUCGAUUGGAGUGGAUUAGAGGGAGAAGUGAUCGACGGUCGUGAUUUCAUCGAUCGAAUGUUUACUGGUGAAGAAUUGCUCGGCCGGUAUCUCGACUUGCAUAUCCAUCAUGACACCUACAACAAUCUCACCUCCACAUCUAACCUAGCAUCGAAAAGGCUUCCUUACAUUUCAUAUAUCGAUACAUUUGAUCAUUUCAGUAAUAUCCCCCGGACUACUAAGAACCGGCCAGAAUAUAUCACAUACCUCAAGGAUCUUCGUGAUUAUCUUGAAUCAUUUUAUCGACGCACCCAUCCUCUAUACGAUCUUGAUGCUGAUCUAAAUAACCUAUAUGAAGAAUUCGAAGAGAAGUGGGCUUCAGGGGAGGUGACUGGAUGGACGUACGAGGAAGCAGAAAAUACCGAAGGGAUCUGGUGUGAAGCCUGUACCAAGCUCUACUCCAAACAGACUGUAUACGAUGCCCAUCUGAAAUCAAAGCGACAUCUCAAAUCGAUUGAAAAACUGAAGGAAACCGAUACUACGGGGACCCACUCGAGUGAACCUAGCGCAAAAAACCUGAAGGAGUUGAGGCGUGCCAAAGACCGACCGAUAGCGUUCUUGGAACAAGAGAUUGAAUUAUUAGGAAAAUUGCUCGAGUCGUUUCGAGUUGAUACUAAAGCAAAUGUCGAGCGUAGGGCCGCACUGACGGAUAAAGAACGCCAACAAGAAAUCGAAGAAUACGAGGAGCGUGAAGCAAAAGAACGUCUGGAGGCGGAGCGGCAAGCGGAAUCAGCGGCCAAUGGGGGUGGGGUCGGCGGAGAAGCGGCUGAAGAAGAGGAGGAUGACGAGGCCCGGAUCUACAACCCACUGAAAUUACCACUUGGAUGGGACGGAAAACCCAUCCCCUAUUGGCUUUACAAGCUGCAUGGACUUGGAGUCGAGUACAAGUGCGAGAUUUGCAGUGACUUUGUGUAUAUGGGCAGAAAAAACUUCGAACGUCAUUUCCAAGAAUCUCGCCAUGCCUUCGGCAUGAGAGCCCUGGGCUUGCCCAACACCAAGCAUUUUCACGAGAUCACCCGGAUCGAAGAUGCAUUUGCAUUGGCUGAGAAGUUGAAGUCGGAAGGCAGGGCCGAAAUCUUUAGGGAUGAAACGAUGGAAGAGUUGGAAGAUGAUGAAGGCAAUGUCUAUAAUCGCAAAACAUACGAAGAUUUGCAAAGGCAAGGACUGUUGUGA